AUGGCCAUCCUGGAGGACAAACUGCACUCCGUGCAGAGGGCCAAAGUGCUCAAAGCAUGGCAGCGAGUGUCCAGAAGUGCCCGAGCAGCCCAUCAGGUGUUAGAGCUGAAGCAACUUCGGCUGGUGCAGAUCCUGGUGAAGCGAUGGGCCAGCACAUGGCGAGCUGCACGAUAUCAACGACUGCGCUUGUCAGCGAAAUGCUGGAGAGGCUUCCACGACGAGGUGCGAAGACAAUGCGCAGCUGCGCUGGUGCGAAGUCGACGCCAAGAUCUGGAUGCACGAGCUGGGCUGCUUCGCUGGGAUACGGCCGUCUCGUUGCGAAAGAGAGAGGCUGAACUGCGGCAGAUCGUUCAGGUUCGGGCGCUCCGAGUCACAGUGCAAAGAUGGUACAGGCUGAAAUCAUCCAAAGCACUGCAGGUCACACGCAUCCUGCGUUCGUAUCUGCAGGGUUGGUUUGCCAUCACAGGGCAUCUCCUUGGUGAGCGACGCCAGAGGGAGAUUGAGAACUUUGGGACAGGUCCAGGUGCUGGUCCUACAGAGUGGCAGAGCAGGCAACGCCGACGUUGGCAAGGUCGCUGCUGGACUCCAUGGGUGCAGGUGGUCCAGAGAAAGAGGCAGCGGCGACGACACAUCAACGAGGCCAAAGAAGAUCUCAAGAAGCUCGUCACCCUCCAAGCACUUCAUCUUUGGCAUCGUCAGUCCACAGACUCGGCCCGUCGCAAGGAGCAUCUUGGGCAUGCCUCAAUGGCUCUGAUGGCCAUGGUAUCUGCCUGCAGAUGGGCCCGGGCGCAUGACUGCCUUGUCUAUUGGUUCACUCGCACCCAAGCCAGGAGGAUCAUGUGCAAAGAAACUGACCUCAGUGGCGAGACGCUUCCACUUCUGCAGCCACUGCCGUCCAUGUUUGCAGCUCCUGUUGCAGAGAUGCCGGACUCGUCCCCCUGGAAUCUCAGGCCCUCCCACGUCGCACCUUGGCCGACGGCACCGUGGAGUUAUCCCAGCAGCCGCUCUGCGCGCAGCGUGCGCAGCGCGCGCAGCGCGCGGAGCGGGGACCGCAGCGGGGACCGCUGCAGUGGACCCUCGGAGAUUCUGCUGAUGAGCGACGAGGAGGUUGUGGACCCAGCUAUGUCGGUCAGUACAACCCUGGCUCCGGUCGAGCUGCUUUGCAGCAAGAUGAAGCGCUGGUUGAGAUUGGCCUUUUUGCUUUGGCAGCAAGCAGAGCUCAGCAGUGCAGCAACGUCUCUGCCCAUCUUGCAGUGGUCCUGGAGCCUGUGGCGGCAAUCGCGGCUGCGGGCACAGGUGCAUCCCCUGCGAUGGUGGUCGCUGGCGCUGCAGAUGCACAAACUGAGGGAGCUUGAGCUACGGCUUGACUUUCGACGCUUACGCAGAACCCUGAAAGCCUGGUACGACGCAGUGGCCGAGUCCCUCAAAGAGGCUGUCGAGGCUGCACAAGAAGAACUCAGCACCUGCAGGGCCCUUUUCCAGGACGUCCCAGGGAUGGGUCAUCCAGUCAUCCAGUCAUCCCGUGAAGAGCCCUCCGAGAUUGGCAUUUUAGAACCAGUGUUGGAAUCUGAGUCUUCCGUGAAGUGCUUGGUAUCUUCCGCGAAGCUACUUGACAUCCGAAGGACCAGCAAAGACCUGGUCGAAGAUGUCGAAGCCCCGAUUCGGGAGAUUCGCCAGUCAUACGCUGAAUCUUUGUGGCCCCCGCUCGCCAUGGACGGCAAGAAGGUCGUCGCUGCUGCUGUUGUACCUCGGGUUGGAAAGGAUGAGGCAACGUCAGCAUGUGCAGCAUACGCGAGCAGGUCUUUUGUUGCCUCUGGGCCUGCCAUCACUGCGAAUCAGGUGCAUAAGAGCAGCUUCGCAGGUGCGCAACCGGCCACGAGCGCCAGAGCUGCCCGUGGCCACGUUGGUGCCGCCCUGGCGCUGCCAGCAGCCGGGUUGGUGGCUGCUGGCAGAUGGCAGCGGAAGGGUCGUCGGCAUGCACGUGUUGUCCGUUGCGCCGAUGGCUUGGCUGAUUGCCCAUACGUUUUGUAUGGCAACUUUGGCUCAGAUCAGGGAGAGCCGGUGGCCAUUGAUGGCCGUGGCGAUGAUCUCCGCCAGGUGAAGGCCUGUCCUUUGGAAAUCCGGAUGCCACCAGAGCUGAAGGGGGACCUCGAGGGCCAGCGUCAGUUCUUCUCUUCUCGGCUGCCGGACAUCUACAAGGACCUGAAGGAGUAUGGAGCCAUUGUCUUCCGUGGCUUUGAAAUUUCCAAAGACAAGGGGACCUUUGGGCAGGUGGGUCAAGCUCUUCAACUGGAGCCCUGUGAAGAUCCGCUGCACUCAGUGGCUGCGCGGGAUGCGGUGGAUAAAAAGGCAGGCGUCUAUGAGGCUGUGAACAAACCGUCCAGAAGCAAGUUCUACAUCGGUAUGCACAACGAGAUGGUUGGCGAUCGGGCACCAGGAGCCGCUCUCUUUGUGUGCUUCAAGGCCGCUGAAGAGGGCGGCGAAUUCCUGGUUGCGGAUGGCCGAAAGAUGUUCAAGGAGCUUGACAAGGAGUGGCUGACGAAAGUCUACAAUCGAGAUGUUGUCUAUUCCACGGCUGAGUUUCCCAUGGGCUUCAUUGAGGGACUUCCAGAUUUUGUGCAGCCAGCGGUGGAGCCUAUGGUCUACGGAGCCAUGACCCAGGCCUUGAAGAUGAAAGUUGACUUCAAGACUGAGCUUCGAUGGGAAAAGUCCGACUACGAUGGCAGCAAAAUUUUGCAGGUCCGAGCGAUGCCACAAUAUCCGGUGCUUCGACACCAUGCCACAGGCGAGCCAUGCUGGUGGGGCUCCAUGCAUUCGCACGCCGAGCACCUCCGCAGCGAGCGGGAGAAGGUCUACGGCGAAGCGCAGGAGACGACCGGUGCGUUUGAAGCUCAGAAAUGGCGGUCGCGCAUCAACAAGACGGAUGUCUUCUAUGGCGAUGAUGGAGAAAAGAUCGAGACGGAAUGGUUGGAGCACCUGGACAAAGUGACCUUGGACUGUGCUGAGAAGGUGAAGAUGGAGGAGGGAGAUAUGGUGCUCCUGGACAACUACCUGGUGAUGCAUGGCCGGUGUCCCUUUGAGGGUACUCGGCUACAUGCGGUCUCCUGGUUCAAGAGCCCGGACUACUCCAAAGCUGCAGCCUAA